AUGUCAGGGCCUGUGCUGGCCCUAGUCGUAGAAUCCAGUCCGCAGCCUGCGCUGAAGAUUUGGGACGUGAAGCGUGAGAGUUGCGCCCACGAGACUGCGACAUGUGACUCAGAUAGCUACUUGUGGGCAAAGGCUGUGGCUGCAGACUUCACCACUUGGGGGGUUCUUCUUUGCACACGGAAGUCGCUGCUGGAGUUUUGGGACAUGCGGAAGCUGCAAUCUCCUGUGGCAGUCAGUGCGCCAAAUGUUGGCGGAACUUCCCGGGCCCUGCGAGCCAACUUUCCGGCCAAGCGCGCUCUGUCGGCAUCUGCAGAUGGCAUGGUUCAUCUAGUUGACAUUGAUGCUGCGUCUGGAAACCUGAAUGCCCUCAAGAGUCUGCCAGGGCACAUGGAUGAGGUGGUGUGGGCUUUCGUUGAUUGGGGAUGCGAAGAAUCCCAAUUCAUCAGAGCCACGACCAUCUCAGCGGAGCAGGAUGUGCUUUUCUGGGAUGUAGCAUGGUCCAAACUGCAAGAAAUUCCAGAAGAAGAAGCAGAAGAAGUUGACAGCCAGGGAAGGCCGGAAGAGCCCAAUCUUCAUCCGUACUGGCAACCAAGGCGCCUCUCACCAGGACACGCGUUUCGAUCACGAGUAGCAGCGUAUAAUGCCGCAGCCCGAUACAACCACAUCAGUGCACUUACUGGGUCUGCCGAUGGGCUGGUUCACUGCUGGAGUUUGGACAUCAUGGACCACGACCACUUGCAAAAAGUUGGAAGCCUGGUGGGACACAAUGAUCAAAUCACUGGCCUGUCUGCAGACUGGAAUGGCCGGUCUGCGUUGAGCGGCUCCCACGACAACACACUGCGACUCUGGGACCUGGCAGAUCGGCGUUGCGAGGGGCUGCUUCUGGGCCACCGAGGAAGUAUUUGGACCAUGGUAGCCGACUGGACGGCACGAAAAGCUAUCAGCACCUCUGUGGAUGGAGCGCGCAUUUGGGAUGUGGGUCCAAGGCAGGAGGCUUUGAAAAGAGGACCGCUGGCCACCUUAGCAGUGCACAGCGGCAUUUGUGAGUCUUUGGCAACCUUCUCUGCUGGGUCUGCUGCCUUCGUGAGUCGCACAGGCAGCAUUGAAUUCUGGGACCUGGAGCCUUGUGUGCGCAUGUAUGGUCUGCAAAGCCACCCAGGGACCCUGUUUGCGGUUCACCUGGGAGGACAGCAGUUGAAUUCCACCAUGGACUCCCGGGAUGCAGAUUUCACAGCAGAUUCCCUGCAACCAACUGAUGAGCUGGGGUGGAUGGCUUCUCUGACGCCAGCACUGGCCGGAUCCUGCACAUACGGGUGGUCCCGAACAGUGCUUUGA